UUAUUUUGGCUCAGAGGAGUCAUCUAAUUAAUUAUGAAGUUCUUGUUAUCGAAGAUGUUUAUGGAUUCGCAAAGGAUGGGCAAUGUUUGGACAGUUAUAAUUCAAUUUUGCAAAUUUGUCUGAGUGAUCGGCAAGUUAAACGAAUAUUGAAAUGUAAAUCGUCGCUGCUAAUCCCGAAGCCUAUGAAACAUAGUGUGGUUUCCUUGGCUUUUCCUACGAAGUUCGCUGUGAUGGAU